CGCGCGCGCCGCGUUGACGACCGUCGACGACUGUGCAGGUUGUUCCCUGCCCUACUACACGACCACCGGCUGCCCUGCGAACAUCAGCUGCUUCAAGCACUCAUCAGGCUGUCAUUCGACGCUCGGCAAGCGCAUAGAUCGGACAUCACAUACCGGAUCCGCGGCGGACGGCGGCUCCCUCUCGUCUGCGGGAAUUGCUACACCUCGGUGUACACCAGCAAGUCGUAAAGAGGUGUUGAGAGGUGUCGAGUAAGGCUCUCGAGCGACCACACGUAGAGAACACUUCGGCCCGGAAUACAGCUGUACACCACCUUGAUCUCAGCCACCAUGCCAGCAAAGUACGCGCAUGUGAAGAAACGCGCCGCGAGCGGCCUCCCGCGCAAGCCAGCGGGGGCGAAGGGGGACGCCCGCAAGAAAUCGAAGGCGCUCGCUCCGAGCCCGCAGCGGAAUCCCUCCCUCCCCCUGUCCCCUACGACGAAGCUCGAGCGGGCGAUCGCGCGUAUGCUGCUGCUGCGCUAUGAGCAUGAUAUCGCACGGCUAUUCUCGACGCGGCUCUUCAGCAUCUCCUUGAUACACCUGCCGACCUUCAUCAUGCGCUGCAUUGCACUGGGGGGACCGGGAUGGAUCGCGCAUAAUGCGGAUUCAGAGGACGUCAAGGACUUCCUUCGCGCUGUCAUCGGAAUGGACAUGCGUCAGGCUGGCGAGCGAGUCGCGACGAAGAGCGUGCUUUGGUCGUACACCGCGCUUCGGCACUUCGCACUGUCCAACAACGUCCACGUCUGCCAGAAGCGCGGCCUUCACUCCCAGCACUUGCUCCCCCACUACGACGCUCUCAAGACGCACCUCGACUCCCUCGAAUCUGCCCCUCCCCCAAUCUUCGAAAAGCCCGCUCACCUCGGCUCCCUAGCUGACGGCGAGCGCGCCCUCGAGGAGGCCUGCGAAAUCAAGUUCGGCUGGCGCGACGAGUACCGCCCCUCCGCCGCGCCCGACUGGGACCGCGAGUGGCGCACGAAGGUGCGCACGGGCUACGCGCGCCUCACGCAGGUCCUCUGGCGCGUCGCGCGCGAGUUUGACGUCCGCGGCUACGGCUCCGUCCUCCGCGAGAAGCUCAUCGACAAAUGGUGCGACUGCGGGUGCUCGACGGACCACCUCGGCGAGGUGUGCGAGAAGACGGUGCGGGACGACGAGCGGAUCAACGGGCGCUCGAGAAAUGGGAAGCAGCGCGAGUGGGAUGGGCGCGGGAGUGGGGUGCUGGGGUGGGAGACGGAGGACGAGGAGGACGUGUGGGAGGUCGAGCUCGACUUUGGGCCAAAUGUGCCGCCUCCACCUGAAGGACCUGACGAUCCGAAUAUGUCUCUUAGCGAGAUGCUGGAGGUGCGGUACUAUGAUGCUGAGAGGGAGAAGGAAAAGGUUAGCCGCCAUCUGUCGACGCUUAACAUUGCCGUAACAUUCAGUUUGUUCACCCAGGGCAAUGCUGCGUUCCGCCGGGGUGACUAUGCGCAAGCAGUCAAGCAUUAUGAAGCUGCAUAUCAGACCGAGCCUGAGCUCCCGCAUUAUCAACUCAAUAUCGCCGCCGCGCAUCUGAAGUUGAGCAACUGGAUAGAGGCUGAAAAGGCCUGCACGCUAUCUCUUGGCCAACAUCGCAGCGGUAAAGGCUAUUUCCGCCGUGCCAAAGCGCGUCGAAUGCUCAGUCGCACGGAUGAAGCAAUUCGAGAUCUGCGUGCGGCCCUCAAACUACAGCCUAACAACGUUGAGGCCCUCACCGAGCUCUGCAGUUUGAUCCCAGACUGCUCACCAGAACCGACGCCCUGUUCCUCCUCAUCGCACACCCCGUCCUCAUCCGCCCACCCCAGCGACGCCGCUCUCCGCUCCCACCUCGGCCUUCCUAAACCCAAACCCAUCAAACCACCGCCGUUCCCGCGCACCGAGGCCGACGAGCGCGUUCUAAAGUUCUCCUUCCUCCCCGCUCCCAGCGACGAGGCAGGUAUCGGUGCGCUCCGCCGCGAGCUGGGAUUGCGGGACCGGCAGUGGGCGCGGAGUGGCUAUUGCAGGAAGGGGGGCAAGAAAGCAGGUGGCAAAGAGGGGGAAGCUUUGGUGAGGGAAGAGGACAAGACGAUCCUAUAUCCGAGUUGGGAGUGGUUCUCGGUGAAGAGAGUUGAUUGUUGGUGA